CGACACCCCCCACCACCCCACCACGUGUGAGGGGUCACGCUCGGUUCGCCGUGCCCUGCGCCCACGGGAUGAGGAGGCUCGUGCUGAGGCUGAGUGGGAGGGGGCCACCCCCCCUCUCCUUCGUCUCACCCGCCCGACUCGGCCCCCCACUCGCCUCCUACUCGCUCGGCCUCCUCCCCGCUUCGCUCGCGAGGCGCGAGUUCAGUUCGAGUGCGCAGCGUGGCGCGGCGUGCUGGCUGGUGCUGGGCCUGGGCAACCCCGGCAUGGCGGGUACCCGGCACAGCGUGGGGGCCGUGGCCGUGCGGCGCCUGGCGGAGCGGCUGGGCGCGGGGUCCGCGUGGCGAGGGGACCGCGCGGUGGCGGGGACCCUGGCCGAGGUGGGGCCCCCCGGGGGGCCCCCCGGGGGGCCCCCCGCGUGGCCCGGGGGGCCCCGCCUCGUGCUGCUCGCCUCCAGCCACCCCAUGAACGUCAACGGGCUCAGCGCCGCCCUCGCCGCCAAGAAGUUCUCGGUGCCCGCCCAGGAGGUCGUCCUCCUGCACGACGAUGUGGACAAGCCCCUGGGUCACGUGGCUCUCAAGCACGGGGGCAGUGCCCGGGGACACAAUGGAGUCAAGUCCUGCAUUCACUGCCUGCGGUCUGAUGCCAUGGUCCGCUUGCGGAUUGGCGUUGGCCGUGGCGACGUGGCGCGGGGCUCUGCGGCGCUGGUGGCCCAUGUGCUGGCGCCGUUCUCAGCCGAGGAAGAGCCGCAGAUCCAGCGAGCGCUGGAGCGUGGCAUCGACCUCUUGCUGGCGCACAUGGGUUACACGGGGGGUCACACGGGGGGUCACAUGGGCGAGGAGGUGCCCAGAUGACCCCCACUGUUCCUUCCUCACUCACCCUUCACUACCAUGGGUGGAGCGACGGCGCAACAGUUAGCACACUCCACUACCUACCUGGCGAUCCGAGUUCGAUUCCUGGCCACGGUGAACAUUCAAUCCGGUCCAGGCCCUCCCCAGGGUUGCCUCAGCCUUAAAUGAGUAACUGCUGCUGUGUAAACAUUGGUUGUGUUGCUGGCCACACCACCCUCUUGUGUUGUGCCGGCCUUCAUAGCUGCUCACUAACUGCACUUACCCUAACUGCCCCGUGUCGGCUACAUGAGGGAUCUUUGCGUGGCUUGUUUACCAUGCGGACAUCGCUCGUGUUUGUCUGGAAUCUAUGAAGUAAUAAAAGAGUUAUGGAAGAGGUG